AUGGCGGCUGCAGCACUGAUGGACCUGACGCAGGGCUGUGUGACCUUGGAGGAUGUGGCCAUCUACUUUUCCCUGGAGGAGUGGAGUCUCCUUGAUGAGUCUCAGAGGCUCUUAUAUUACAAUGUGAUGCUGGAGAACUUUGCACUUAUUACCUCGCUGGGGUAUGGGCAUGAAAUGGAGACCCAGGAGACGCCUCCUGAACAUUGUGUUUUUAUAGAAGGAUUAUCACAGGACAGGACUCUAAAUGUAGAUCUGUCCAUCCAGAAGCACUACCCUGAUGACAUGGGUGACCCAUUCUUGAAAGACAUUUUGCACCUGGGUGAACAACAGGCAACGAAUACCAGUCUGAAACCAUACAUGUGUGCUGAAUUGGGCAGAGAAUUCGAGUUCACUGUAAACCUUCACCGGCAACAGACGCAACAGAAUGCAGAGAAGGCCAACAGAAGGGAUGAGUGUCAGACCUUAUUUGUAAAGAGCUGCAGAUCCCACACGUCAGAGAAGCCUUUCACAUGUAAGGAGGGUGUAAAGGACUUCAUGGCCAGACCAGGCUUUGUCCAGCAUCAGAUCACUCACAGUCUGGGGGAGCCGCAUAGGAGCACUGAAGGUGUGGUGGGUAUCCACACUGUGCGAAGGAAUUAUAAAUUUAGCGAACACGGGAAAACUUUCAGCGACAAAUCCACACUUGUUCAGCACCAGAGCAUUCACACUGGAGAAAGGACUUAUGAAUGUGAUAUAUGUGGAAAAUUCUUUAGACAGAUCUCCACCCUCAGUAUACAUCAGAGAGUUCACAAUGGAGAAAGAGUUUAUGAAUGCAGCACAUGUGGGAAGGCUUUCAGCCGUAAAACCAGAUUUAUUCAGCACCAGAAAACCCACACUGGAGCCAAGCCAUAUGAGUGCCGUGAAUGUGGGAAAUUUUUCAGCCAGGGCUCGAGUCUUUUUCAACACCAGAGAGUCCACACUGGAGAAAAGCCUUAUGAGUGCCAGGAAUGUGGGAAAUUCUUUAGACACAUCUCCAGUCUCAUUAAACAUCGUAGGGUUCACACUGGAGAAAUGCCUUAUGAGUGUGGUGAAUGUGGGAAAUUCUUCAGCCAAAGCUCUAACCUCAUUCAGCACCGGAGGGUUCACACUGGAGAAAGGCCUUAUGAAUGCAGUGAAUGUGGGAAAUUCUUCAGCCAGAGCUCCAACCUCAUUAAACAUCGGAGGGUUCACACUGGCGAAAGCCCUCAUGAGUGCAGUGAAUGUGGGAAAUUCUUUAGCUACAACUCCAACCUAAUUAAACAUCGGCGAGUUCACACUGGAGAAAAACCUUAUAAGUGCAAUGAAUGUGGGAAAUUGUUUAGCCACAUCUCCAGUCUCAUUAAACAUCGGAGAGUUCACACAGGUGAACAGCCUUAUGAAUGCAGUGAGUGUGGGAGAUUCUUCAGCCAAAGCUCCAGUCUCAGUAACCACCGGAGACUUCACACUGGUGAGCGGCCUUAUGAGUGUGUUGAAUGUGGGAAAGCCUUCAGCCAAAGCUCUGACCUUGUAAAACAUCAGAGAGUUCAUAGUGGUGAACGCCCCUAUGAGUGUAGUGAAUGUGGGAAAGCCUUCAGCCAAAGGUCUAAUCUGAUACAGCACCAGAAACUUCACAGACCAAAUAAGCCUUAUUAA